CACCGCUGAGCAGGCAGUACAGGGGUGUGGCCGCCAGACGCUGAGCCGCUGUUACUCAGGCGCCUGUGUGUGUGAGAGCCUGAGCUGCCUGCAGGACUCGGGGGCUGCCGCAUAUGCGCUGCUGGGAGACGGAUCUGUGCGGAGUGCUGCUGCUGCUGGGAUCCCUGGGAGACACUCGGGGACGGAGCAUAAAGUAUCUAGGCGCUGCACUGUACACCAUGCUGGCUGCAUAGAGAGUGCUAUUACCAGACACACAGGACUGAAGAAUGAUGGCUGCCGGGAAGUUUGCCAGUUACCCUAGAAACGUUCAGACGAGCCAUCAGUUCCCACUGGCAUCAUCAAUGGAUCUCCUGAGCAGUAAAUCCCCCCUUAGUGAGCGGCGGCCUGAUUCGUUUCAGGCUGUAUGUAUCCAUGGCACACUACCACGUAAGAAGAAGGACAGGACUCCCAUUAGAUCCAGUGACAUGUUCAGCCAUAUGGGAACUCUGCCACACUCCAAGUCACACAGGCUACCUAUACCUGUAAUGCAGGAUAUAAUAGAGGAAUAUCCAUUUCAGGACCAUAGAACAAGAAUGUUCCCCACCAGGGACCCGUAUUCCCCAGAUCCUGCCAUGGAAUAUGUUAAGUUCUCUAAGGACCAGUAUAUUAUGGAUGGAGGGGCCCCUGAAAAACUUAAGAAGGAACUGGAGGAGGAGUUGAAGUUAAGCAGUGAAGACUUACGGAGUCACGCUUGGUACCAUGGAAGAAUUCCUCGCCAGGUAUCUGAGAGCCUGGUGAGGAGGGAUGGUGAUUUCCUCAUCAGAGAUUCCUUGUCCAGCCCUGGAAACUUUGUGCUUACCUGUCAGUGGAAAAACCUCUCCCAGCAUUUCAAGAUAAAUAAAGUAGUCAUCAGGCUCAAUGAAGCUUACAGUCGCAUUCAGUACCAGUUUGAACAUGAAAGCUUUGACAAUGUCCCUGCAUUGGUGAGGUAUUACGUGGGGAACCGCAAGCCGGUGUCGCAGCAAAGCGGAUCCAUCAUUUUUCAGCCUAUUAACAGGACGGUACCGCUACGAUGUAUAGAAGAGAAGUAUGGGACCUCUCCGGUCAGACGCCUGGAGUUGGGGGCGCUGGAAGGAAAAGAGACUCCGAAAAGGCUGAGUCUAAACAUAGGCCAUGGGCAUGGCUUGUCGCAGGAACACAGUCUGAUCCGGGGCAAUCUGCUAAGAACUAAAGGGAAGAGUGGCAGCCACCCAGCUUGUCUGGAUCACAUGCAGGAAAAGAGACGGCCGCUGAAUUCUCACCAGUCAGAAAGCUACCUGCCGCUAGGCAGCAGACAGCCUUACUUAUCCCCAGGAACUGAUGGGAGGCUGACGCCCAGGCCACAUGUAUUCAGGACAGGAAGUGAACCAACUCUAAGCCCAACAGAAAUUAGGAGGUUCAGCUCUGAGACCCCACCUAUGGAAGCGUUAAGGGGAUCAGACAGUCAGCUGUGUGCCAGACCUCCUCCAAAACCUAGCAAGGCGUUGUGCAUGAAGCGGCCACAGUCUCCAACAGUAUGGCAGAGCUUAGAGGCAAACUACUGCGAACUCCACCCUACCCCUCCAGAGGACUUUAGGAGCACAAAGACUCAUUCCUCACGCAGCAGUUGUGUGGAAGGUCAGACGAUGGAUGAAGAGGAGGCCUUCUCUUACACUAAUUCAGAAAUGAGCUUCCCCACAUUGGAGGACAGUAUGUCUCAGUGUUCACAGAUGGAACUGGAUGAGCAAGGGGAUGAAGUGGAGUUUAUUAGGCCAGUAUAUGAGACUGAAUCAUCAUUUAACCCUAAGGAGUUUGAGUCUAUUCUGCUCACCCCAGAGAAUAAACCCUUGGAAACGGCUCUCCUGAGGCGGGUCAAAGAACUUUUCACCAAUAAUGACCCAAGGACUAUUGCCAAAUACAUCCUCAGAAUGGACUGUAAGGUUGCCAGGAUACUGGAUGUCUCCUCAGAAAUGGGAAGAAACAUGGGAGUGAGCUGUGGACUGGAACUAAUCACCCUACCCUAUGGACACCAACUGCGCCUAGACUUAAUAGAACGACAUACCACCAUGGCCAUAGGUAUUGCUGUGGAUAUCUUGGGAUGUACAGGAAAUCUGGAAGAGCGAGUUGCCACUCUGAACAAAAUCAUCCAACUUGCAGUAGAGCUGAAGGAUUUGGGAGACUACUUCGCAUUCACUUCCAUUAUGAAAGCGCUGGAAAUGCCUCAGAUUACAAGGCUGGAGAACACAUGGACCAUUCUGAGGCACCAGUACACGCAGACCGCAAUCACUUAUGAAAAACAGCUUAAGCCCUUUAGCAAAGCUUUGCAUGAAGGUUCAGGAAUAGUAUUUGCCGUGCAGGAGAAUCUGACCGUCCCAUUGCUAAUGCCUAUAAUAACGUUAUUGCAACGCCAAUCUGUCAUAUUUGAAGGAAUGGACUGGUGGGAGAACCACGACAGAGGAUGUGAAAUAAUGUUCAGUCAUUUGGAAACUGCACGAUUUCUUGCCCAAAAUGCAGCUUUGUAUCAAAGCAAUGCAGAGCGUAUAUUGGAAGGUUUUAAGCCAGAUGAAGAGAUGAGCGAAAUCUUCAGGACAGAAUUUCAAAUGCGACUGUUAUGGGGCAGUAAAGGGGCACAAGUCAGCCAGGCUGAGCGAUACCUAAAGUUUAGCCAAAUCUUAACAGCCUUGUCCAGAAAACUAGAACCACCACCUCCUUAAAGCAAAGUGCACCUCUGCUCAUUAAUCUACAAGAGACUGAUUCAGAAUCUUUAACAGUAGCAUGCCGUUUUCAUAAACUGCCUGUGGAUGUAGGUGUACAAUGUAUAUUGUGGAGUUUUGUUUCUUUUUAAAGAAACCUAUGGCUAUAAUAGCAGAAAAUUAUUUAUUACUAUCAGUUUGAUCAUGGCUACUAAUUGUGCAAUAGGCAGGCUGGACAAGUGCAGAAGUGUAAAGGAUAUUACUGUUGGACUUCUACUAAUGAUACUGCAGAAGGACAAAGCCAAUGGUGGAAAUGACUAACAUUGGCUGAACUGAAGAUGCUGGUAAUUCUGCGGUGUUAUACAAAUGUGAAAUCGGGAUCGAGGCGGUGUAUAAAUAUAUUCGAUUGCCAGCUUUUCUGAAAAGAAAAUGGACAAACACUACUGAAACAAGGUCAAGUGGACAGUUUUGGGAAUAAGGACAAUCAUAAAGUUUUCAGUUUUUAUUCCAUGAAAAUAUUCUCAGAGAACACUAUUCUUCAACAAUGUAUUUAUCAAGAAGAAAAAAAAAAAAAAAAGUGUACAUUAAACAAAACUAAAUGCAUCAGGGCAAACAAGAAAAACUUUAUUAAGACAAUUCACGGUCAGUUUUUCAGAAAACUAUGGGCUUACUUAAAUAGUGCAAACAUCUGCAGUAACCCAUAACAACCAGAUACAUACUUUCACUGGUCAGACUAAAGUACUAAAACUUGUUAUCUGAUUGGAUGCAUUAAGUCACAGCACAUCACCAUUAAAGAAGCCCCCUUGUGUGCAGGAACCAUAUUUUUCCUUAGUGUCGUAAUGAUCGUUUUAUUUGAUAAAAUUCCAAAUGAAUGAGUAGAACCAUUAAAUGAAAGCAGUUUUGUAUAAA